AGCGCGGAACCGCACUAGACCCGAGAUUCCCUCACCUUAAACCCACCUCCUUCCUCGGCCCGUCGCUUCCACUCGGCCUUUCCAUUCCAACAAGCCGGAGCCUCCCACCGCCGUCGACGCAGCGCCGCUCCAGCCUCUCCAUCGUCGGCGCAACGGAGCGAGUAGCCUGUGAUGAAAGAGGGCAGUGACUACUAUGUUGUCAGGAAAGGGGAUGUGAUGGCUGUUUACAAAACUCUAAGUGAAUGCCAAGCUCAGAUCUGCUCUUCGGUAUUUGGUCCUGCUGCAAGUGCCUACAAGGGUCACUCUUGGAGCAGAGAAAAGGAGGAAUACCUCUCUUCACAGGGGCUAAGUAAUGCUAGUUAUGUUAUUAAUGCAACCGAUCUUCGGGAAGAUGUAUUUGGCCCCUUUGUGCCCUGUAGUUUCCAGGAGAUAGUUGGUUCUAGUUCAAAUCAACCAGCUGCAAAUCAUAUUGGCAUCCAUAAUGUUAGAUUAUAUCAUACAGGGUCUGUAUCUGUUGAUCUGAACCAUGAAGCCAGAUCUAGUUCCUCCAGUCAUAUCUCACCAGCAAACUUAAACCACAGUGGAGCUGUUGAAGCACAACCUGUAUCAAGACAAUACAUGGUGGGUAUUCUUCAUUUUGAUGGUGCUUCGAAAGGAAACCCAGGAAAAGCAGGUGCUGGAGCAGUUCUUAUGACUGAAGAUGGUAGAGUGAUAUCUCGACUUCGUGAGGGUCUUGGUAUCGUUACUAAUAAUGUUGCUGAGUACCGAGGCCUGAUCUUAGGACUGAAAUAUGCAAUUAGGCAUGGAUUCAGGAGAAUCAAAGUACAUGGGGAUUCUCAACUUGUCUGCAAUCAGGUGAACGGUGUUUGGCAAACAAAGCACCAGAACAUGAUGGAGCUCUGCAAUGAAGUGAGAAGGCUGAAAGAGAACUUCCUCUCUUUUGAGAUCACCCAUGUUCGACGGGAAUGGAAUGCUGAGGCGGAUCGCCAGGCAAAUAUCGGCAUCACGCUUGGCAGUGGCGUUGUGUCGGAGGAGCGUGGUGACUUCUGAUACAAGCCUCAUCCAAUUAGGCAGUUACCACCUUAUGUAAUUAACCAACGGCAAGCUUGGAUUUUGCCUUGGUCGCUGCUAGCCUGUUCUACAGCAGGUUGGUGGCGCCGCCUUCAAGUAGUCCUAUCCAGUUACAUAUGCAGUAGUCUGGGCCUAUGCCAUCGGCAAGUUAGUAUCGAAUUGUGAUUUCUGUGUCCAUCGGAAGAUUAUGUGUGUUUAGGGCCUACGCCUUGAUGUCGAGUCCUGGGUUAGUGGGCCCCAUUUUGACGAACUCCGGUAACUCUACCCCUGGUCAGGUGUAAGCUUUCCCUCCAUGGACCCUCUGCUGGGCCGCAUUCCGUAGGAUAUGUAAGAAGCUUCAAUUUAAUGGACUCUGAAUCAGAUGCAAGCCAUAAGUGUGCUCUGGAGUUUGCUAUUCUA